CCUUUGUUCAAUCAAAUGUAUCUUCUUGAUCAACAGUUGGGUUAUAACAUUGAUCAACAUGAUUAUUCUGUUCGUUUGAAAGCUGCAAGGAAGUUUCUGAAUGAUGGUGAUAAGGUUAAGGUCAUAGUGAACUUGAAAGGUCGAGAAAACGAAUUUAGAAAUAUGGCUAUGGAACUCAUCAGACGUUUUCAGAAUGAUGUUGGGGAGCUUGCAACUGAGGAAAGCAAGAACUUCAAAGACAGGAAUAUAUUCAUAGUUUUGGUUCCAAAUAAGGCUGUUUUACAAAAAGCUCAACAAGAUCCCGGAAAGAAAAAAGAUAAACCGACCAAAAAUGAAGUCUCAGCUGGUGUCUGAAUAUGGAAUCUCAAAGAGCUCUCUUUUGGUGGCAUAACAAUCAGGCAGUGAGAUUAAGUUCUUCUACCAUGGGGUGGCCACGUCCUUGAAAGUCUUUGUAUAAUGUAUAGUAUAUUAGUCUGUCACAAUUUGUAUUGAAUAUUGGUUUUACUUAAUAACAGAAGCAACCUUUUCUUUAUCAAA